AUGCAGCUUGAUCCACACCAACCUGUAUGCCAUGAUUCGAAUUUCGAAGAUAUUAUUGCCAAGAUAGGUUUCGAUCUAAAUACCGUUCAUGAUUUGUGCUCAAGAAAGCCUCACUCUACAUCAAGCGACGAAGAGUAUAUGGACAUGUGCAACGUAUCUGAAGAGCGGCGAAAAAUUAUUAGGAAAAAAAGUGCACCUCAUUGCCGUAUUCACCCCUUAGCAGCUGAGCACGCUUUUUAUUGGGAUCGCAAGUUUCAUGGCAGUAAUGUGCUGGUGCAGCGAUAUCUCAAGAAAAUGGGUCUGCCUCAUUCUGAUCCUCUUGUGACAUUGCCUAAAAUUCCCGAACAUGAUGGAAUUGAUGCAGAAGAACGGCGGCCUUUCCGCAUAUAUGGAAAUCUCAUCAAUCACGUUCCCCCUCCUCUCCGUGACAAAAGAGCAAAGGAAUCAUGUGGAUGUGACGCUGAGUAUAAACUGUUUGAGUGUAACAAGGAUCAUGUUUGGCCAACGAUUGAAAGGAAAGAAUCCAAUCGAUUUGGAAUUACUGCAGAGUAUCGGAAAAGCCUUGUAAAAGUAAGCCGCACGUCACGGUCGAAGUCAAAACCGGUAGAUAAUGCUGGUAAUGAUCUCGCUGGAUUGGAUUCUGGAGAUGAGAAACCUUUGAGUACUUACUUGAAGACGAGGGCUAACGAACCACCUACAAAAGUUGAAUCUGAGGGAGAUGUGUUUAUUGAGAAAGAAGCUAAUGGCGAAUCAUCAAUAAAUGGAUCAGAUUCAGAAGAUGCAAGGGAUGUUUUAUCUGUGAGUUUAUGCUUGCUUUAACU